CAAGGCUAACAAGCAGAACCUUGAAGUGGGAAGACCUGCAUAGUUGUGGGGAGGAUCUGCCCAACAUCUUUGGUCUGAUUUCUUUAGUGAGGGCCCUACCUCCAACGUCAGUUAGGAAUGAGGCUACCUUUUCAACCAUGAAACUUACCAAAGGGAAGAGGCGAGCACGCCUCAAUAACGAAACGCUUGAUGAUCUACUGAUGAUCAACCUGGAGUCUUCUUCAGUAGAUCAGUAUAAUCCUCAGGAAGCCAUCACUAAAUGGAUGAAUACCAAAGGCAAAAGGAGACUGCAUUACAAGAGGGCACCGAUUCAAGUGGGCACUUCCGAUACCCAGAUGAUGGAGACUUCAGAUUUCCUCAACAGGGCUCAACCUGACACAGAUACCCAGAUGGACACCACAGAUUCCCUCCAAGAGCCUGAUUCUCAAACUUCAGAUUUAUCUGACUUGGUAUCAGAACUUGUGGCAGACCCGGAAGAUAAUGCAGAUGAAGAUCUAGAUUAUGACUCGGACAGUGAUGUUGAACAAACAGAAAGAGAAAAUGAUGUGUUACUGAACAUGAUCAUAGAAUAUGAAUAUGAAUUAGAAUAAAACAGUUUUAAUUUUC